AUGUCGUGGGCGGGCUUCAAGAAGAAUGUGAACCGUGCGACGACGCAGGUGAUGAUGAAGACGGGGCAUGUGGAGAAGACAAAUGAUCGUGACUAUGAGGUCGAGGAAAGACGGUUCAGGACUAUGGAGACAGCCUCAUUACGGCUGCAGAAGGAAUCAAAAGGCUACCUAGACUCUCUGAGAGCCAUGACAGCUUCACAGAUGAGAAUUGCCGAGACGAUAGAUGCGUUUUACGGCGACUCGGGCGCGAAGGACGGCGUCAGCAGAAGCUACAAGCAAGCCGUGGAAGACCUCGAUGCCGAGACCAUCAAAGCCCUCGACGGCCCCUAUCGAACGACCGUGCUCGAGCCUAUUGGCCGCUUCUGCGCCUACUUCCCCGACGUCAACGAAGCCAUCAAGAAACGCUCCCACAAACUCCUCGACUACGACGCCCUCCGCGCCAAGGUGAAGAAGCUUGUCGAGAAGCCAGAUAAGGACGCCACGAAGCUGCCGCGCACAGAAAAGGAGUUGGAAAUGUCAAAGGCCGUGUACGAACAGCUGAAUGAGCAGCUUACCACUGAGCUGCCGCAGCUGAUUGACCUGCGGGUGCCCUACCUGGAUCCCAGCUUUGAGGCCCUGGUCAAGAUCCAGCUGAGGUUCUGUGCGGAAGCAUACUCGCGUAUGGCGCAGGUGCAGCAGUAUCUUGAUGCGGAUACCAGAGACCAGUACGCAGAGGGUCAUCUGGACGCGAGAGUAGAGCAGGUUUUGCAGGAGAUUCGGGAGUUGAGCAUUAGCGGAACGGUAUGA